AUGAACCAGGAUUGCAUCUUUCUUUUGCUUUUAGGCCCCGCCGCCGGAUCCAGAUUCGGAUAUCCAUCUGCCGCCACCACAAGAGUGAUCGAUAUCCAAUCCAAACCACCCCAGCCGCCGCCACAUCACAAUCGAGCUGCUGCGGUGUCAUUCAAGCCGCAGCCGCAGGAUGGCGACGGCGGCGAGCAGCAACACAACAGCCACCGGAGGAUUCACGUCGAGGACAGGUUCACCGAUUACAUCGGUCGGGUCAGGAGGAAGCUCCGGACGCCGUCCACCGUCGGCGGCGGCGGCGACAACAAUCGGUAUAAUUAUGAUAAGCGCAAUUCAGGGAUUGGGAAUGACAACAAGUUCUCUGACUAUAUUAGUCAUGUGAAGAACAAGUUCGUCCGUACUUCAAACUACUUCGCCAGCUGCUUCUGCUGCCAAGCCCAAGUCAUGGAUCAAGUGAUUGAUUUGGGUACUUACUGCUUUAAGCAUGCUUGA